UGGCCUCGCAUGGUCGCUGUUCGCGGUGUUGUUAUUUUGUUGUUUCGUUUGUCGUUUGUCGCGAAUAUUUGUGAAUUUUGCCUGGAAAAGUAAUUUCAUUCCGGCAAAUUCUUUUCGUAAUCGAUUUACCGGAAUACGCACCAACUGGAACGGCUGUUUGCUGCAGGUUCCGUAUUGGGAGACAGCCAAAAUUUGAAAUUUCUUUUUAAGUGGUGUACGGUGUUUUCGGCAGAUCGCAUUGUGCGUAUUCUGUUAUUUGUGACUUUCGAUGGAAUCCGGUGUUUUGGUGGUCCCGUCGGUUAGUUUCAGUGUUGGACUAAUGCCACCGGAUCGGCCAGGCCCCAUGAACCGCGAUUUGGCUCUGGCUGGAAAUGAUGAAAAGCCUAAAACUACACUGGUUAAAAUGAAUAGUCAAGGUGUGGGUGCGGGAGGAAGCGGGGGUGGAAAACAAAAACACAAAAGCGAAGGUCAACUGAUACUGGUAAUGGAACCACAAAAUCCUUCACCUACUAAAUAUUUCGAUCAAAACGGAAUUCCUCUGAAAAAGGAAUUUAUAGAAUCGGCUGCGGUUUAUUCGGACGGUGGUCUGGAGCGGGAGGAAGUUCCGGAUAAACCGAUCGCCGGAACCAACAAAAAGCGAACCAAAUUAACAAUCACGUGCCACAAGUGCGCCAAAACGUUCGAAACCAAGAUAGAAUUUGAAUUUCAUUACCGGAAAACCUACAACCAGGAACCGGUAUAUGCUUGUACGACCUGUGAUAAACGGAUCUCCCAGUAUAAAGCCUAUCGGCUACAUAUUUACCGGCAUUCGAACAGUGCCAACCAAAGGUACAUCUGUGGCACCUGUUCUAAGGUGUUUCACCAGAAAUCGGAUCUCAACCGGCACGAGUUAGUGCAUGAAAAUCAAACUCAGUCUAAACAACCGUCGGCACAGUCCUCUGUUCAGCAGCAAUCAACGGAACAAUCUGCACAAAAGGGCUCGCCUGUUGCCUCAACUUCCGAGCAACCUGCGCCAGUUCCGAAAGUGAUUCCCUUGGUGAAAGUCACCUGCGACCGGUGCGAUGCCGUUUUCGACAGCCAGGCCGAGGCACGGCUACACAUCCGGAAGCUUCACCCGAUUCCGAAGCAAAUGAUCGAGUGUCCCGACUGUGGCAAGUUCCUGUCGGCGGGCAGCCUGUACUCGCAUCGUAAGAUUCAUUCGGACGGGCCAAAGUACACAUGCGAGGAGUGCCAGAAAUCGUUUGUCCAGAAGAUCAAUUUCAUCCACCAUCGGAAGAAGCACCUACCCAACGACGAACGACCGUUUCCCUGCGGCGAAUGUGGCAAGGCGUUCUUCGAGAAGAGUCACCUGCAGCGGCAUCAGUUCUUUCACUCCGAAGAACGGCCGUACAAAUGCGAACUCUGUGGCAAGUGCUACAAAACCGAGCGAUGUCUGAAGGUUCAUUCUGCGGUCCACAAUGCCGAUCGACCAUUCGUGUGCACCGAAUGCAACAAGGGUUUCCUCAGCAGCUCGAAGCUCCGGCAGCACAGCAACAUCCACUCGGGGCUGCGGCCUUUCAAGUGCAAGUACUGUGCCCGCGAUUUCACCAACUUCCCCAACUGGCUGAAGCACAUCCGCCGACGGCACAAGGUGGACCACCGAACCGGUGAGAAGCUGGACAGCGUUCCCAAAUUCAUGACCAAGGCCAAGACUGGGGCUGGUGGUUCGGCUGCCGUAAAUGCGGGAAGUGCUUCCACCAGAAAAAAGGCCGCUUCACAGCCAAAGGCCGAGAAAGUUAAAGGGACAGAAAAAGCGGAAAAAAUCAAGAACCCAUCCUCCAAGAAAGCUUCCGCAUUGACAAUCAAGGAAAUUCUUCCUUUGACUAUCAUCAAAGAAGAAGAAAGUUUACCAUUCGUUGGAGAUAACUCCAACAUUGAUCUCAAUCUGGUAUCCAAGGAUGAUUUGUUGCAACCUUUGAAGAUGGAACUGGAAAUGGACAACAUGUUUCUGUCGUUACCAGGUCAGGAUGAGGAUGCCUGCGACGUACCGCUGCCGUUGAGUAACCGAAUAAGGGAACUAGAAGAAGAGGAUUCAAGUGUUGCGAGUAAGUCGGAUGCGAAGCAAAGCGGCAGUAAAACAUUACGAGGGAUGUCCCUUGGAAUCGACGGUAAUGAUCCCCCCUUUGGUUUGGCGAUCGACGACGACGAUAACGAAUUGUUCCGGUUUGGCUAUGACGUGGCCCAACCGGAGUUCGAUUGUGAUUUUAGUAUUAAGAACAACUAUCCAGAGGCUGUUAAUGUGAUACGGGAGAGUGAAUCAGCGACCAUGAAUAUUCUUGGUGCGUCAUCUCCCUUGCAUUCGAACCACCAUCAAGCGCUGUCAUCAAUAAGCACGAGCAACCCGACCGUUGAUAUUCGAACGGACGAGGAAUCGGUGAACGAUCUUCUAACCGGUCCCGCCGGAGGCACGCUGGUGUACGAUCUGAACAAUGAGUUACCCAUCUUUCCAACGUUGAUCUCAAUCUGUGGCGACGAGAACCAGCAACAAUUCCAGUUAAUCAACCCACACUUUCUGCAUUUGCCGCUGAUCCGAAGAACGGUUACAGCGAGUGCCGUCCCAUCCUCUACCCCCGAUCUUAUCGGGUUGAAGUUGGAAACACCUUAACAAGCUAACUGUUUUUUCUUCUUUUUAUCGAAGAUUAAUUUGAUGACCACCGGUGGUCAACUGGGCUAGUGACACGGAAAAAAUACCGAGCUAAGAGAUCGAAACAUGUUUUAUGAUGCAUAUAGUGAUUUAUUUGCUACGACGACAAAACCAAACAGAGGAUUGUAUCCUUAUCAACAUUGUGAGGAAAAAAGUGACCAAAAGUAUAACAGACAGAUUUGGUUAAUCUUAUUGAUUAUUUUCUACUUACGAGAAUAGUAUGUGUCGUGUAGCUUCCUAGCGUGUAAGAGUACUACUUAAGUUAACUGUGGACGAUUCUACUUUGUGAUUUAUCGAUGUGGGCGAUUCUUGGGCGUGGUAACGAUUCCACCGGAACUGUCCCAAAUAUGACGUAACUCAGAGCCUACAGAAGACUGUUUUAUGUAUUUUGAGGAUAAAAAAGCUACAAUCACA